AGUGCUUCCUAACAGAAAAUAAACUGGAAUACUGAUUAAAUUAAAUACGUGAACAAUUCAACUGUUAAGGUUGGAAAUAAAAGUAAAGCAACAUAAUUUGUUUUCGUUUUAUUUUCUCUCAUAAAUCAAACAAAAUAGUGAUGGUUCGUGCUGAAUCGACAUGUUAUCUAGAUAAAAGUAUAAAUAGUUCUGCACGAAUGAAGGCUUACAUGCUAGAACGAAUAUAGCGAAUGUGUCAGAAUUCGGGAUGCUACAGCAUACUGACAAUGGACACGCUCUCUCCAACGCCAUAUUCCAAGUCAUGGACCAUUUGGGAUACAGUUUGGAAAUGGUUCAGAAAAGACGUGCCAUGUAUCGUGAAAUUGACGCCGCUGCCAACUUGAACGACGAAUCAUUCAGGCGCAUCACUGCCGGAAGCAAGGCUGAAGGGAUUGCUCGUCCAUAUGAGAGCGAUUACGACCGGUUGUACGAAGACAAGCAUGUUGAAUGCUUCAUUUCCGAAUCAGGAAUUACGUCAUCGAUCGGAAGUGACGUCACGGUGUUUGAAAUGAGUGGAGAACAUUGUUACCCUGGACAUUUCAAGCUCAAACUAACUCAGGAGGGUCCCCAAAUGAAUCAUUGUAUUCGCAAAGCUCUAGUUAGUACACCUGAUGGCAACUCUUUCAUAUCUAGCGAGAUGUUUACUUCCGCUUUCAAGGCUUCUAAAGAUAGCUGUUCAACAUACAAAGAGUGGUCGGGUCAUCCUAAAACGGGUCCGUCAAUUCCUCGCAGUAAAGGGUUGAACCAAGAAGACCGUGUUUAUUCAUUUCGAUGCAUAUCACAGAAGAAAAUUCUCGAGUCAUGGAUGAAGAGGGAAAGAAAACACUGGCCUCCACCUGCACUUUGUGCACAGGUGUUUCAAGAAGUUGCUCAUCUUGUUCCGACUGGAUGUAAAGGUACGGAACACUUUGAUAUGGAGUGGCGCAUUUGUUUUAUGGGAGAAUUGAGUCUUACUUGCAGUCUUACUGAAGUGCAGUAUAAAUUGUAUAUUCUGUUGAAGAUGCUAAAGAAGACAUUUUUAAGUCCUGUAUGUGACGGUGUGUCGUCCUUUGUUAUGAAGAAUACGGUUUACUGGAUGUGCGAAGAAUACCCGUCGGAAUUCUUCACGCCUGACAAUUUACUGGACGCAGUUAUCAUAGCACUGUCCAAGGUAAAGAAAGCUUUAAAUGACGGUAAUUUUCCUUACUUUAUGAUUCCUGAAAGAAAUUUGCUUUUCAACAAAGUUACACAAGAACAAAGGUUGCAAAUGUGUUCCAUUCUAGACACACUUAUUGCCGAUGGUCCACGGUGUGUUUUGAAAUGCGAAAAAAUAUCUCAAUCUGAAACGCUUUCUACAAAGGCGUUGGCAGAGAACGGAACAAGGCGCGAUCGAAUCGAAUUGCUGAAGUUAGCAACGAUGAAAGAACGGACGAUUGUCUACAAAUCAGGAAUGACAGAAAAGGAAAUUCUGAAACUUGCAUGGGGAAGGGAAGAGUUUCAACACGCCCAGCUUGAUUUAUACGACAUUCUCUUCCCUGGUUGGCGAGAUACAUUGGUCACAGACAUGCUAUCAGAUGAAGUAGAUUUGCGGAGAUUUUCUCCAGAAGAGAUUGGCCAUAUAGAAGUUGUUGGAAGGAUUUUCUUUGAAUCAGAAUGGCCUCACGUGGUGCAAUUUUUGAAUUUGAAGGAGCACAAUGUCACUGAAGACAUGUUUAAAGAAGAAACUGUUGUGAAAGUAAGCGGAAAGUACAGUUUAUUAGGCGCUCGUGAAAUGCGAUGAAAAUGCUGUUUGUUCAAAGCUGCACUCUCACAGAUUGAACGUUUUGACAACGUUUUUUAUUGUUGUCUUAGAACGAGCCAAUUUAUGCAAAAAUCCAUGUUAACCAGUGAUAAAAGACUGCUGACAAGAAUAAGGUUGCAGAUUUUUAUUUUCAAGUUCAAGAAUUGAUGUUUAAUGUAUUUUUCUUAAACCGUUAAUAACGGUUUUAGCCAUAGAACAUUAAUUUUGGAACGGAAAUAUGAAAAUCUGCAAUCUGAUCUUUUGUCAGCAGUCUUUUAUCACUGGUUUGCAGAUAUUUACGCAAAAUUUUGCUCAUUCCAAGACGAAAAAUAAAAAAAAAGUUGUAAAAACGAUAAAUCAGUGAGAAUGCAGCUUUAAAGUGAUGCUCGUAUAUAUUUACACCUCAACCCCCAUUCCUUAAAUGAACUGCAUUUCGGCAAUUGCGUUCAUCAAUCGAUGAACGCACUAUAUUCGGAUAUGUUCGGAUCGUAAUUCAUUGCAUAACAAUAUACAUGAAAGCUA